CCCAUUAAAUUCCCACUUAAAUAGAAAAUAAAUGACAUAUUAAAAACUAAUAAUAAAAACAAAGCUACUCUCUUCAAAGUCGAAGUCUCUCAUCUCUGCGAUUCUAGUACGGAUUGGAGCAAAGCCGAUUAUAUUUGUUUUCAUUUUCUCAUGGAUUCUCAGCAUUUUCUCGGAUUCUUUCUUCUAAUUUUCCUUCAGUCUUGUUUGGUUUCGGCUGAUAUUAAUGGAUCGGUUCUUAAAAUGAAAACAGGAACUUCUUCGGUUCCGUUUGAUCCGACUCAUGUUACUCAACUCUCAUGGCGCCCUAGGGCUUUCAUUUACAAAGGAUUUUUAUCGAGUGAUGAAUGUGAUCACCUCAUUACUCUGGCCAAGGAUAAGUUAGAGAAAUCAAUGGUGGCGGAUAAUGAAUCAGGUAAAAGCGUCGAAAGUGAAGUUCGAACCAGCUCUGGCAUGUUUCUUCAGAAAGCUCAGGAUGAAGUAGUCGCUGAUAUUGAAGCUAGGAUUGCAGCAUGGACCUUCCUUCCAGUUGAGAAUGGGGAGUCCAUUCAAAUACUACACUAUGAACAUGGUCAGAAGUAUGAGCCACAUUUCGAUUAUUUUCAUGACAAAGCUAAUCAACAGCUCGGUGGUCACCGUAUUGCUACUGUACUGAUGUAUUUGUCUGAUGUUGAGAGUGGAGGGGAAACUGUGUUUCCAAAUGCAGAGGGACGACUUUCUCAGGUGCAGGAUGAAAGUUGGUCGGCCUGUGCCAAAAAUGGAUUUGCAGUGAAACCCCGAAAAGGUGAUGCAUUACUGUUCUUCAGCCUACAUCCUGAUGCGACAACUGAUACAGCCAGUUUGCAUGGAAGUUGCCCAGUGAUUAAGGGUGAGAAAUGGUCAGCAACAAAGUGGAUCCAUGUGAGGUCCUUCGAUAGGAGCAAGCGUUUAAACAGGCGCGCCGCAAUGGGGGAGUGCGUUGAUGAGAAUGAAAACUGUGCUGGGUGGGCUAAGGCCGGUGAAUGCGAAAAGAACCCUACCUACAUGGUGGGUUCUCGAGGCUCUCCCGGAUUUUGUAGAAAAAGUUGUAAGGUAUGCUCGUAGAAGGUCUUUCUGGGGAUCCAUAAAGAGUGAGUUUUAACCAUUAAUAGCUGUAUAUACUGAUACCUGAGUGAUAUGACAAAACGGACUUUGUUCCAAACAAAGUAGGUUUUCCAAUAAUCAAA